UUUCUCAACACCGACAUGGCACAGGAGAAUAUGGAGCUGGAUUUGGGGCUGCUUCCGAGUUCGAUCACCACAGACAGCAACAUCAUGAAAAGAUCCAACAGCGUGCCUCUAAUCAGUGAAAUUAGGUAUCGCCCUCGUUCCUGGUGUCCAGAGAUCCCACCUUCAGCCUGGGGGAAAGUGGGACGGUUUGACCUGAGGUUUCCAUCUUUUCUUAUUUGUACAUCUAUCAGCCACCUUCAUCAAAUCAAACAGGAAGAAGGCAUUGCUUUAAUAAAUAGAGAAACAAUGCAUGAACAGGAGGUGCAAACAGUGCUGCAGAUAAGUCGAUCUUGGGAAGAAAGUUUGAACCUGAAUGACAACAAUUUAGACAAAUCUUCCUCUCUAAAGUGUACUGAUUUAAUUCCAGUAUCACCAGUGGCUUCUCCCAUCAGGGGGAUUGGGAAGCAAUGUUUUUCUCCAUCGUUACAAGUUUGUGUGAGUUGCACUGGUUUGCCUCCAAGUCCUAUUCCCAGUCCUUCAUGACAGGUAACAAAAAGAAGUCAAAAUCCCACCAACAUUGUUAGACCAAGUAUCCUUGAACCAUUACAAAGAAAAGGUGAAAUGGCACUUGAAUAUCAGCAGAGGUUUUUCCAAGGCACAACCAAUAUGCUUUCUUCUGAUACUUCCCAACUGUCAGGAAAAAAUCAACAUGCUGGAUCAUCUGGUAAUUCACCAGCUGAAAUCAGCACUGUCACAAAUUUUCUUGUGUCACCUUCUGAUAUUGGUUGUCCAAUUAUAGUAGGAAAUGAGCUUUCACUUAAAUGA